CGCGGGCGGCGCCGCUGCGCUAUGCGCGGGCGGCCAUGCGAUGGCGGUCGGUGGUGCUGGGGCUGCUGCUGCUGCGGCUCGGGCUGCAGGCGCUGCUGGCGCUGCUGCCCGCGCUGGCCCGCGGGCUCUGCCUGCACCCGCGCCUGCCCUGCCCCGGCCCGCGGCCCCCCGCGCUGCCCGGGCCGCCCGCGGGCGCGGCGGGGCGCGGGCCCCGCCUGUGGGGAGCGGCGGCGGGCGGCGAUGAGUACGAGCGGCGCUACAGCGGCGCCUUCCCGCCGCAGCUGCGGGCGCGGCUGCGGGACGCGGCCCGGGGCAUGUUCGUGUUCGGCUACGACAGCUACAUGGAGCACGCCUUCCCCCGCGACGAGCUGGACCCGCUGCACUGCCGGGGCCGCGGGCCCGACCGCCGCGACCCCUCCAACCUGAACAUAAAUGAUGUGCUGGGGAACUACUCCCUGACGCUGAUCGACGCGCUGGACACGCUGGCGGUAAUGGGAAACUCCUCAGAAUUCCAGAAGGCAGUGAAGUUGGUGAUUGACACAGUUUCAUUUGACAAGGACUCAACAGUCCAAGUUUUUGAGGCAACAAUCAGGGUUUUGGGGAGCCUGCUGUCUGCCCACAUCAUCAUUACAGACUCCAAGCAGCCCUUUGGUGACAUGACCAUUAAGGAUUAUGACAAUGAGCUGCUGCACUUGGCUCAUGACCUGGCAGUGAGGCUGCUGCCAGCCUUUGAGAACACCAAAACUGGCAUUCCCUAUCCUCGGGUGAGGUGCAGCUGUGAGCACAGCUGGCUGAGUGCAGCCUGCCUGUCCCUGUUCCAGGUGAACCUGAAGAAGGGGGUUCCUCCAGACAGCCACAACGAGACCUGCACAGCAGGAGCUGGGUCCUUGCUGGUGGAGUUUGGGAUCCUCAGCAGGCUGCUUGGAGAUUCCACCUUUGAGUGGGUGGCCAGGAGAGCUGUGAAGGCCCUGUGGAGCCUCAGGAGCAAUAACACUGGACUGCUGGGAAAUGUUGUGAAUAUCCAGACUGGUCACUGGGUUGGAAAGCAGAGUGGACUGGGAGCAGGGUCAGAUUCAUUCUAUGAGUACCUGCUGAAGUCCUACAUCCUCUUUGGGGAAAAGGAAGACCUGGAGAUGUUCAAUGCUGCCUACCAGAACAUUCAGAACCACUUGAGGAGAGGAAGGGAGGCCUGCAAUGAGGGGGAGGGGGACCCUCCCCUGUACGUCAACGUCAACAUGUACACGGGCCAGCUGAUGAACACCUGGAUUGACUCUCUGCAGGCCUUCUUCCCUGGGCUGCAGGUGCUGAUAGGAGAUGUGGAAGAUGCCAUUUGUCUCCAUGCCUUCUAUUAUGCCAUUUGGAAACGCUAUGGGGCCCUCCCAGAGAGGUACAACUGGCAGCUGCAGGCCCCAGAUGUUCCCUUCUACCCGCUGAGGCCGGAGCUGGUGGAGUCCACUUAUCUCCUUUACCAGGCCACAAAGAACCCAUUUUACCUUCAUGUGGGAAUGGAUAUUCUGCAGAGUUUGGAAAAAUAUACAAAAGCAAAGUGUGGCUAUGCCACGUUGCACCACGUGGUGGAGAAGACCAAGGAGGAUCGAAUGGAGAGCUUCUUUCUCAGUGAAACCUGUAAAUAUUUGUACCUGUUGUUUGAUGAGGAGAAUCCAGUGCACAGAUCUGGGAAUAAGUUCAUGUUCACUACUGAGGGCCACGUGGUGUCUGUGGAUGAGCGAUUCAGGAGCUCCCUGUGGGAGGACAUCCUGCCUGCAGAGGGGGACAGCAGCCACAAAAGCAAAGCCACCGAGCUCAAGGCAGCCAACUUCAGCUCCAAUUGUAACAGAGUCCCUGAUGAGAGGAGGUACCUGCUGCCCCUGAAGAGCAACUACAUGAGGCAGAUUGACAGAAUGGUGGGGCUGAUCUGAGGGACCCUGCAGGGGAACUUGAGAGGAGUUUGGGAUUGCCCUGCAGCCCUUCCUCCCCCUGCAGCUGCUCCCUGACAGCCUGAGCCCCCCCGUGUCCCUGGGCUCAGCCUUGCACACAGAGAUGCAGCUCAGUGCUCCCAGCUGGGGCAACCUGUGCCACCCCCAGCUCUUCUUUCAAGACUUCCUAUGACAAAUGUUGCAAAUGAAGGCUGAAUUUAUUUUAGAAGAAAAAGAAGGCAAAUUGGCCUGUGCCACUUAGCUACCUCUUUGUAGCUGUGUUACAAAAGUCCCUCUAGAGCAGGGUCUGGUAUUUAAUCUGAAAUGAUCUGGGGUGUGGGGAAGGAGUGGGGAAGUGCAAUUUUUUACACCAAGUUGAAUUAUUGAAUUUUUCUGACUAGCAAUACACAACCUUAAGGUCUACUCAGGUAGGAACCCACUGGGUUUGCUGGAACAAAACUGCUCUGUGUGCUCCUGGAGGGAAAACUGCUGCUGGUGUCAGAGCUUUGGUGGAGUCUGACAGAAGCUGCAGGGUUGAGAGAGCCUGGAGCUGCAGAAACCAGUGAUCAAACCAACCCAGGUGCCUUCUUGGGAGGGAAGGGGGAAUUGCAAAGCCACUCAGGCAGAAGUUCCCAAAGUUUCCUUGGUUGCCAUGUUUUAGUGCCUUUUCAGGAGAGAUGCUGCUAAGAACUGGUGUCACAGUACACAAAGAACAAACUGUUCACAUUCCUGACAGGAUUCAUGUGUUAGUGCCUUAAGUUCUCUUCUCUAGCAGAGAAAACUGAACUUCCUUGGGAAGAUGGAAAGUAUUUCUGAUGAGCUGGUUAAAAAAUACAGUGGAACCCAAAGUCACUUAAAAAAAGAUGUUUGGGGGUUUUUUUUUUAAGAUACUGGAAGAAUAUCUAUGAACUUCCAGGAAGAAAGCAGUUAAGGGCUUGAGGGAUGACAACAAACUGAGGCCAAAACAAUUAAUUUAAAUAUAACAAGUUGGUUUUGUUUUUUUUCCCAGUGGUUCCCCAUUUCUUAUAUACUUCUAAUUUUUGACUACAGUUGAAGUAGUAGAAUGUUAUUUUUGGGUUAAUGAUUUUAAAUUGAGGUAUAAAUACAAGGGCAACUUGAUCUGCUGUAUUUUCACCUUCUUACAACAACAUUGGUUUUCAUAAACCACGUGUUGCAACUCAAAACAUUUCUAAUAAAUAUGAAGUUUGUGCUGGA